AGCUCGCGCGGCCCAAGUGCCCAGUCUCUGCGCCACGAGCCGCGCUGGCGGGCGGUGUUAAGAUGCCCAAGCUUGCAAACGUGGACCCUGCGUUCGUUCUCAGCACGAAUGUCGAAAGCCUGCCCGCGCGCUGCUCGUCAUAUCCGUCAUUGAAGCCGGGGCAGGUUGCGUAUUUGCCAGUGUGGUCGCACGAUGGCACGGACCGGGAUCGUCACGAAAGCGCGGCGUUCCAAGCCGCCGUGAGAGACAUGGCCGUCACGAUGGCGAUGGUGAAGGGUUCCGUUCGUAUGGAAAAAAGGCCAAAUGAAGAGAUGAGGGCCAUGGCAAUCAUCAAGAAUUUGCCCAGCAGGUGCAAGGAGACGGAAGUACUCGACGUCAUUUCGCAUCUGGGCUUUGUCUCCGACAUCGCCGCGUUCAAAAUGCCGAUCCGCCUUGGGAAGGGAAUGAGAACCUUGAACAGAGGUUACGCUUUCGUGUACUUUUCCGACGAGUGGGUCUGCCAGCAGUUCGUGGAGGCCGCGACAGGCCAUCGCGGCUUCGGAGGGCGUUCCACCGGCAGGGCCAUCUCUGUGUUUUGCUCCUUGCAUCUAGGCGGCAGCCCUUGCGGUGCGUCACCGGCAGGGCCGCCACAGGAGCCGGAGAACGAGCUGGCAGAGAGCUCUUGCCAGUCUUCUUGACGGAGGCCAUUCGGCAAGGGGCACAUUUUGGUUUGCGCUGCGCCCAGGCGCGGAAUCUGCAGCCCGCAGGUUGGCUCGAGAUCCGCCUGCAGUUCUCAGCAGGAGCCAAGGAUCUCGGAAGCGAGCACUGUUUUUUUUUUCUUACGGCUUUCGUUUUUCAGUCCGUGGCGGGUGCAGGCAUGCAAAUUUGUUCAUUAGCACCACAUUGUCAUUCUACA